AUUGUUAUUAGCUAAUUUACUGUUAACUUACGGCGUAAAAGAAAGCAGCGUCAGAUUAGGUUUUAUUUUUAUUUCAGAAGUGAAAUUUGAUUGUAAACGGCGUUUUAAUACUGUCUAUAGUUUAUCCUCAUGACCCAGACAGUCAGUGCUGUACUAGGCGGCAGUAGCUGAAUGAAGCAGACGGGAGGAAGUGGCUGUUAAUGCAGCUCCACACCUUUCCGGUGUAGCAGCACUGCGACCAGCUCCACUCAAAGGAGAAAGGCGAGAGCUGGGUGUAUUUCUGGAGAAAGGAGUGAUAGAUAAGAGGGGGGACAGGAGUUACGCGAGUGGGUACAUGUGCUGCUGAGUCACAGAGGUUAUUCUCGAAGUCGUCCCUUCCCGCACGGCAAAGUUUCCCCGCACAGCGCUUGAUGGAGUAGCCGCAGAAAGCAGCUUUUCUCCUUUGGUAGAGAACAAGGGCGCACCCGGUGAAGAGGACCGCCAGACACAGACACCACAAGGAAUUCACAAGUACCGCGGCUUUUUGAGGGGAGGCCUAUACUCACAGCGUCUACUACCCUUCACUUUUUAAAUCGACUCUGCCCAAAUUUCACACACCGCUUUGUGUUGUUUUACACAAUACAAUGAACGCACAGCAGCCGCUGGUGUCAAAGUCUUAACCUCACCGUGCCAUGUUGUGUAUAGGCCCCGAAACCCGUGUGAUUUACUGAAGGUAAAUGACCCCGCUCUCAACAGGAUCCUGACAGACUUUGACGAGAAGUCCUGAUAAGGUUUGACAUGCUUAAGGACUUUUGACUUUCUAACCUUCAGUCACUCUUCAGAGACAUGUUUCCACCAGUAAAUAUAUUAUAAAAACUGAAGUUGUAAUCUAAGUGAGUAAUUACCAAAACGGUAUCUGAAACUUUUCUCAGUAGGCUCAGAAUAUAUAUGCACAAGAGUUCAAAAUGGGGAAAAUGCUCUCAAAAAUAUUUGGCAACAAGGAGAUGAGAAUAUUGAUGCUUGGACUUGAUGCUGCUGGAAAGACAACAAUCCUUUACAAACUGAAACUCGGACAGUCUGUGACCACAAUCCCUACAGUCGGCUUCAAUGUGGAAACUGUGACCUACAAAAACGUCAAGUUCAACGUAUGGGAUGUUGGAGGCCAGGAUAAGAUUCGCCCCCUGUGGCGACACUACUACACGGGCACCCAAGGGUUAAUUUUUGUGGUGGAUUGCGCGGACAGGGAUCGCAUCGACGAAGCAAGGCAGGAACUUCACCGCAUCAUUAAUGACCGGGAGAUGAGGGAUGCCAUCAUCUUGAUAUUCGCCAAUAAGCAAGACCUUCCGGAUGCCAUGAAGCCACACGAAAUACAAGAGAAGCUCGGAUUGACCCGCAUCAGAGAUAGGAAUUGGUAUGUUCAGCCCUCCUGUGCGACCACAGGUGAUGGACUAUAUGAGGGCUUGACAUGGCUAACCUCAAAUUACAAAUCUUAAUGAUUGAGUUGCUGACUGUUUUAGGUCAAAACUAUAAUAAAGUUGCAAGUAACAAAUAACUUCUCAAAAUGAGUAUGGUUAAGAAAAGUUGAUUAUUUCCCAUUUAUUUUUUAAUACUAUGUUUACCCCAUGACUAAUUUAUCUCUAACUGGGUUUGCCGGCUUAAAGUUCGCUUGUACUCUGUAGCAGGCCUAUAUCACAUUCAUUAUUUCUGGGGCUUGCUUGAUGAAUAUUGAGUUAAUCGGUCCUAAGGUUGAAGCCACAGAAAUCACCGCCUUUGCCUAUUCUUUCUCCUGUUUUGUAUAAUUUUUCUAAUGAAGCUGAAGUUUUUAUCUUAAUUCUUGGACUAAAGCUUGUUUCAAGGUUUCUCGGUCUCUGUUGCAUUGAACUUGGAUUUUUUUUUCUUCUUCUUCUAAGGUGAGCUCUUUAAUGUUAUGUAGCCUACAUGGAGGACUUUGACAUUUGUUUUAAGACAGUACUGUGAUGAAAAGUAUUCAUUCUCAAUGGUAUUGAGAAAAAAAAAUUUCACCAAUGCUUACAUUUCAUUCUCACCAGUUGGGGCAUCAGAGGAGGGAAAAGAAUGACUUUGGACAUGUUUUUUUACCCCUCUCAGUACCCUUAUGUGGGCUAUAUAUUUAACUGAUUGACCUUUUUGUGUCAUGUCUUGAUACCUAAUUGUGCUGAAUAUUCAACAAAUAGGCCUCCAGUAACUUUUAAACAUGCUUGUCGGGAUGCAUUUUUGAUUUUUGGGUAAUGCGUAGUCUGUCGACUCAAUCUUUCCAAAGGAAUGUCAUUCAGUUCUGAGCUCUCAAUCUGAUACCACAGUUGAUUAGCCUCAGCAAUGGGACAUUAUAUGAUAGCCUAUAUCUGUAGCAUGAGUACGAAAGUACAUUAACCCUACAUCAGAAUCCAUCUGUCACGCAGUCAGAGGGAGCUGCUUACUGGUGAAAUGUUAAAUGACACCUUGUGGUGCAGCUCUUACUCCUAUUUUGACUGGGGGUACCAUGUACAGAACAAUGUCAUUGUAAUGUCUUAUUAAAAAAGUGAUUUUAAA